AAGAAUUCUGCUGAGUCCCGGGCGGGGCGUGUAAUGAUGGGCGUUGGCGCAUUUCUAGAGGCUCAGAGAAGCAAGAUGGUCACAGAAGAAGGUGAGCUUGAAGUCGAGGAAGAUGACGAGGGUAACAUCAUGCUUGGUGGCGAGGCGCUCAGCUUCGAAUCGUGGGCAAAAUUGACUAAGACGAACCAGCCGGACAUUGUCUAUGCAAAAAUGGGAGGAGAGGAACCUCCUGCCAAAAAGCCUCGCGAAAUGCAUGAUUUCAAGAAAUUCAACAAUGAGCAUUGCAGGCAAAGCCAGAAAGAAUGGAAAGAGAAAAGAAUGGCUGCAAAGAAAAUGCGGAUCAUGCAACAGGCUCGAGAAGAAUUGGAGGCACUCGAUAAGGAAAAGGCAGAACAAGCACAACCACCUAAGGAAGCCGAAAAUGGAAAGGAGAAGAAAGAGAAUGCUUCUCCUGACAAGCCUCCAAAACCUCCGAAAGAGGGACCUCAAGUACCUCCGCUGUUUCAACGGAUGUUCAACCAUCGACAUGUUAUUAUCAAUGCGUUGUCGGCUGAACACAAAACUGCGUUUGCCUCAGUUUUACAUCAGGUAUAA